AACAUCCAAGCAUGUCUUUCUGUUACUAGGACUGGCAAUUAUCUAACUCUACAGCCUGAUGAUUGUGGUAUAACUCAUAAAUAUAUUUGUGCAAAUGAUAUUGAGGAAGGUUACAACAACAGAACCGAUGUCGACAAUGGCAAGGAUGGUGAUAACAACAAUGAUUUUCAAGGCAUCGUGACCAGACUGUAUACUAAGAAAGAUUGUCAUCCUGUGGAAGAAUCUAAUUCUCCAGACAAUCACUCAAAUCCAAAGAAUACCAAAGGAAUUGUGAUUGGAAUGAUCGCCUCAGUAGUAGUUGUUGUAUCACUUUUAAUCGGAGGUAUUCUCUGUUUAAGGCGACGCAAAGCGGCAACCAAGAAGGCUCAUAGAUCUUUGAUGGGUAAAUCUAGCAUAGACACAAAUGUGAUUAAAGACACAAUCACAAUAAGUAAUACAACUAAACAUUGUGUGAAUUGUGGAUAUGAACUUAGGGAAGAACAUGAAUACGCUGGUCCAGAGGAUGUGACAAACACGGUCAGCUCUACAAAUCCAAACAAUUUUAAAAUACGACCGGAUAAACCGGCACGAAACACACUCCGACGUAAUCAGAAAAUUAACGAAACAUACGAAAACUUCAAGCUUGUUUCGACUGAGAACAGGAAAGUUGAUGAAAACGAAGAGGAAUGUCAUGGUGAUGUUGUUACUAAGACAGGCAAGGGCGAAUAUGAUGUGCUUUGCCAUAAUAUGGCCGCUCCAUUGACCAAACAGGAACGCGCUGAGAUACACGUGUAUGAUCACACACAUUUCCAAAAUAAUGACAACGAAGGCUAUGAUUCAACUCUCCCAGGAAGAGGAAACAAACAUAAACCUGCAGGAAAUGUUGAUGACUAUGACACUGUCAAUUUAUCGAACAAUGAAAAAAUAGCAAAGAAAAAUAUAUUUUCCUGAAUGAUGCGCAUAACGAGAGAAUGUCAGGUUUCGGUAUUUUAAAAUAGAUCUGACUUCAGAACAAGAACAAGAGAUUGUUAACACAGAAUUUGGAAGUUAAAAUUCGUUCACUACUAUGUCUUGUUGCAUUCUUAAUCUAAAUGUAUCUGAGGGCCACCCUUCUUAAUAUACUACAGCAUAUUUCUCUAUUGUACUUAUUCAUACUGAAUUCUAUUUUUCAUAUAUAGCUAUGCCUGUAGUAUUUUAUUUCACAUGAUGCUUGGGUAUGAAUGAAUAAACAUGUAACUCCAUUUUAGAUCUUAUGAAUCUAACCCAUUCCACAUGUUGUAAGAACUAAACCAACAACGCAACAU